AUGUCCACCUUAAGGAAUAAAUGGUCAUUUUAUACAAGGACAACAAAUUAAAGCCCUUUAAUUAAAGAUAAAUAAUAAAGUAUACAGACUGAAAAAUCUUAAGAAAAUAUUUUUACUCUUAAUUCACCCUAAUCUGAAAAAUGUGAGACAGUCAACGAAAGAGAUUCUAUAAACUAUUGA